AUGGCGAGCCCAACAUCGAGCGCAACCUCUACCUCUACUGUGACCCCGACAAGAAGAGCUCUAAAGAGGCACGCAUCUGCACGGAACCUGAUGCAAAUGUGCAAUUCGAGCGAUACUGAGGAACCUUGGACACCUCCCAGGAAGAGGUUCAGGUUCCUGAAGGACGAGGACAGCCCGGCGUUCAGUCGUGUCAAGCGCAGUGGCUCGAACCCGCUCAGUCCCGCAAGCUCGAUCGCCUCUCUAGACUCUUCAUCGAGCUCGGGAUCGCCAAGCAAGCGACGCCGAAAACAACCUACCACCAUCUGCGACUUAACUUCUACUCUCCGAAAAUGCGCUUCAAAUAAAACACCCAUUGAUCAAGCUACUAUCCAAGAAAUCAAGAACUUCCCCAGAGGGGAAAGCGACGCCCUUGCAUCCGUUAGACAACUCCUCAAACGCGUGAAAGUACUUGUUAAAACUCGCUUCGACAAGGCUGGCGAAAAGAUCCUAGCCACCGAACUUUACCUCGAGUGGUUGCAGGAGUUAGACUUUGUAGUCUCAGCCAUCGAGAACCUGCUGAGCGCUAAAGUUCCCGGUACACGAAGGCGCGUGCCAGGUCUUGGCCGAUUGUCUUUCACCAUCCUCUACCUCCUCAUGGACGAAUUCAUCUCUGAAGUCGACUCCCACCACGACGGCUGGUCCUACCGCACGCCCGAAUGGAUUUCCCGUUCCAACACCUCCAUCUAUCCCGACACCAUGACCAUCAUCGAAGAGUCCCACGACCCCAGCACCGACGUCCGAACAGACCUCGCUGUCCGGGAAGCUGAAGAUUUCUUGACGCGCUACGACAACGUUAUGGCUGAUGCAGUUCGAAGAUACAAAAUCGAAUGUGGACGGAGUAAUCCCAACUUGGCCGAUGCUAUUGGAAGCAAAGAGUACGCCCUUUCCAGAGCAUGCUGCCUCCUUUGCGAGCAGACAGGCUAUGGGAGCAACGAUAACGACACCGGCGACACCCUCCUGCAGGAGACAAGAGCCGCAAUGCAGGAGUGGAAGCAAGAGUUUGGCAGCGAUGCUUCCGGCGAGGUUGAGAAUGAUGAACUCACGAGCGAUUAA